UGGGUUUCUGAAACUUUUAGUGGAAGCAUUUAAUUCUGGGGAAGAACAGCAUUACCACUCAAAGCCCCACAGCUGUGCUAAAAAAAAGGUGGUUUGGGAAGGAAAUGAGACACUUCUGCUGGAGAAAACAAACAAAAGCAGUCCAGCUCAAGCUGGCAGCCCACUCCAAAGCCAGGGAGCAGCAGUGCAGGGGGUUGGAUGGCUGUUCAUCAUCCCAAUCCAUCACAGGACAGCAACCCAGCAUCCCAACCAGCCCAUCAACAGGGAUUGACCUGCACUCACUCUACCCCUGUCCCUGCAUCCCUGCUCUGGCCAGGCCCUCCAAAAUUCCCCAAACCCUCUGGGCUCUGUGCAGGGGAAGGGUCCCUGCUGGGAUGGGCAUCACAGUGGAGGAACCUGCUGCAUUUUGGCAUUUUUCUGAGAACCCAGUGACUAUUUCAGAACAAAAGCAGAGUCUCUGUCAUGGAACAGCCCCGGGGUGAGUCAUGAGCCCUGGGUGGAGGGGAGGAAGCAACUGUCCUAAAAAGAAGACAUCCAGGGUUGUGGGUAAGUACUGCCCAAAGAGAAGCUGCAGGAGAAGACAGCUUGGAAAACUCUUAGGACAUCCAUGUGCAUGUGGGCCUGGCUUCAUCCUGAAGGAUUUUUUGUGAAAAACCACGGGGAAAAUUUCACCUUGGGAGCAAGGAGCUGAAAAAUGAAGAUUUUCUUGGUUUGGACCCUUUUCCUCAUGAGACCCAUGAGCACAGGUGGCCAGGCAGUGACAGGCCCCAAGCAGGUGACAGUGGAGCAGGGCAGCUCCCUGGCAGUGUCCUGCAGCUACAAGCCACGCUACAAGCUCAACUCCAAGUACUGGUGCCGCAAAAGCUCCCCCGGGAUUUGCUCGACCUACAUCAUCCAAACCGAUGGCUCAGAGGUGACAGUGACACAGGACAGGGUGUCCAUCAGGGACAACCACACAGCAAAUUCAUUCACAGUGACACUGAGCAGUGUCACACUGGCAGAUGCAGGCCGGUACUCCUGUGGGGUGAGGAGGAAACUGGGCAUCAAGCGGUGGCACAGCACCAAGGUGAUGGUCUCUGCAGCUGUUUCAAACACGACUGAGGACAGCAACGUGAGCCCGUUGACCACCAAUCCUCUGUGUCCCAGGGGCUGUGAGGAGCUUCCAGAGCUGUCCCAGUUCAGUGUCAUCUUGCUGCUCCUGCUCAGCAUCAAGGUACCCGUGGCACUGGCCAUGGUGUGUGGGGCAGCCUGGACGAGGAGCUGUGGCAGGAGCCAUGGCCAGGAAAACCUGCAGCUCUUGGAGGCAUCCAGCAGCACCAGGGCACAGGGCUGCCCACCCACCCCAACCACCUCCCAGCCCCAGGGACACCCUCCUGCUGCCCUGGCCCCCACCCUGCUGGGGCUGUGCCACCCCUCACGGCCUCCCCGUGCUGGGAAGGGCUCAGCUCCAGCUACUCCUGCCCCUGGAAACCUUCAGCCCCUCCUGGCAGCCCCCACACUGAAGAGGGAAGGGUUUGGGGUGCAGGGAGCCUGUGUGUGUUGAACUGCAGCUGCCAACCGCAGACAAUUUUGCAAUAAAGGCAGGGGAUCCUGCAGGACCUUGUCUGCUUGUCUGUCUGUCAGUCUGCUCCUUCCUACAGCUGCCAGCCCUGCCCGGGAUGCCCGUGGCAGCCGAUGGUGAUGCACAUACCUGUGUGGGGACAUGCUGCAUUGUGGCUGGGGGG